UCAAUCUGGGCCCUCAGUUCCCGCCCCAGAAACACAGGAACAGACACUCGGAGACCUGGCCCCAUACUCCUUGCUCCAAGGGGCAGGCAGGACAGGCUGAAAAUAGAAACUGCUUCCAAAAAGAUAAAGGGGAUGACUCCAGCAGAGUACCCCACUCCUUUGAAGAGCUCAGAGGAGGAUGUCAGCCCAGUCACUUCCUGCAGCAACACCCCCUACCCAGAAGCCCCCUCGGAUCAUCCGCCCCCGGCCCCCCUCUCGCCCCCGGGCUGCCCAGUCCCCAGGGCUUCCCCACAAUGGCUCCUCUCCACAAGAUCCUCCCCUCACCUCCAAUGAUGCACCAUCCCCAAUGUGCACCCCCAUCUUCUGGGAGCCCCCAGCCUCAUCCCUCAAGCCCCCUGCCCUUCUGCCGCCCUCAGCCUCUAAAGCCAGCCUUGACUCCCAGACUUCCCCAGACUCGCCUUCCAGCACCCCUAGUCCAGCAUCCCGGCGCUCUGUCUCCCCAGAACCUGCUCCCCGCUCUCCAGUUCCUCCACCCAAACCCUCUGGGUCACCCAGCACACCUUUGCCCCUGCUUCCCACGGCCCAGGUCCCGGCCCAGGUCCCGGCCCAGGUCCCGGCCCAGGAAGGCUCUGCCUCGGCCCCAGGCACUGUGCGGAGACUGGCUGGCAGGUUUGAAUGGGGGACUGAAAGUAAGGUCCAGGCUGCGGACACCCUGGAGCCAGGUCCCCAAGGGGGAGUGGAGGUGAAUGGGGAGAGAGAGACUCCCCAGGGCACCCUCACCAAGAGUGGGUCCCACGAGAAUGGUGCUCCAGAUGCUGCUCUGGUCUGCCCUCCCUGCUGCCCCUGUGUGUGCCAUGUAGCCCGGCCUGGCCUGGAGCUCCGAUGGGUCCCUGUGGGGAGCAAAGAGGACGGUCCCAGGGCUCCCUGCCGGGCCUCCCCACUGCGGACCUCCCGCUCCCGCCCUAACCCUCCAAGCAUCAGUCACCCCCCAGUCGUCCUCACAUCCUACCGCUCCACUGCUGAGCACAAACUCCUGCCGCCCCUCAAACCCCCCAAACCAACUCGCGUCAGGCAGGACGCCACCAACUCUGGAGAUGCCCCACAGCCAGAUCUCGAUGCACUCUGUGAAGACGGAAUCCAAACAGGAGACAGUCAGGAUGAAGCUCCUCAGAAUGCUCCUCCAGCAACCAUGGAGGGCAGGGACGAGGAGGGGCUGGACGAGCUGAAGGGGCAGAACUGGGAGCUGCCCCUGCAGGAUGAGCCCCUGUACCAGACCUAUCGAGCAGCCGUGCUGUCAGAGGAGCUGUGGGGGGUCGGUGAGGAUGGGGGUUCCUCUCCAACUAAUGCUGGAGAAGCUCCCACCUUCCCACGACCCCCUGGCCCUCGCAACACACUGUGGCAGGAACUUCCAGCUGUGCGAGCCAGCGGCCUCCUGGACACCCUCAGCCCCCAGGAGAGGCGCAUGCAGGAGAGCCUGUUUGAGGUGGUGACAUCUGAGGCCUCCUACCUGCGCUCCCUGCGGCUCCUGACGGACACCUUUGUGCUGAGCCAGGCCCUGCGGGACACACUCACCCCCCGAGAUCAUCAUACCCUCUUCUCCAACGUGCAGCGAGUCCAGGGAGUCAGUGAGCGGUUUCUAGGGACGUUACUGUCCCGUGUGCGCUCUUCCCCCCACAUCAGCGACCUGUGUGACGUGGUGCAUUCCCACGCGGUGGGGCCUUUCUCGGUGUAUGUGGAUUACGUGCGCAACCAGCAGUACCAGGAGGAGACCUACAGCCGCCUCAUGGACACGAAUGUGCGCUUCUCCGCCGAGCUGCGGCGGCUGCAGAGCCUCCCGAAGUGCGAGCGCCUCCCGCUGCCGUCCUUCCUGCUGCUGCCCUUUCAGCGCAUCACGCGGCUCCGCAUGCUGCUGCAGAAUAUCCUACGCCAGACAGAGGAGGGAUCCAGCCGCCAGGAGAAUGCCCAGAAGGCGCUGGGUGCUGUCAGCAAGAUCAUUGAGCGCUGCAGCGCGGAGGUGGGGCGCAUGAAGCAGACUGAGGAGCUGAUCCGGCUGACGCAGAGGCUGCGCUUCCACAAAGUCAAGGCCCUGCCCCUGGUCUCCUGGUCGAGGCGCCUGGAGCUGCAGGGGGAGCUGACGGAGUUAGGGUGCCGGAGGGGGGGCGUGCUCUUCACCUCACGCCCCCGCUUUACCCCCCUCUGCCUGCUGCUCUUUAGUGACCUGCUGCUCAUCACUCAGCCCAAGAGUGGGCAGCGGUUACAGGUUCUGGACUAUGCCCAUCGCUCCCUGGUCCAGGCCCAGCAGGUUCCAGACCCAUCUGGGCCCCCUACAUUCCGCCUCUCCCUUCUCAGCAACCACCAGGGCCGCCCCACCCACCGGCUACUCCAAGCUUCAUCCCUAUCAGACAUGCAGCGCUGGCUGGGAGCCUUCCCUACCCCAGGCCCUCUUCCCUGCUCCUCAGACACCAUCUAUGAGGACUGCGACUGUUCCCAGGAACUCUGUUCAGAGCCUUCUGCACCGUCCAAGACCGAGGGACGGAGUCUGGAGUCCAGGGCUCCCCCCAAGCACCUGCACAAGAGCCCUGAAGGCUGGCUGAAGGGGCUUCCUGGGGCCUUCCCUGCCCAGUUGGUGUGUGAAGUCACAGGGGAACACGAAAGGAGGAAGCACCUUCGCCAACACCAGAGGCUCCUUGAGGCUGUUGGGCCCUCUUCAGCCACCCCCAGUGCCCCCCCACCCUAAUGCAGCCUAGGGAGGGGGCACAGGUUGGGAUAGCUGCAGCAUGGCAUGGAGAGGACAAAGCCCAUCCAUCCAUUGGAUUCGCUGUCAGUGAAAACGCUACCUCUAGUGGCAACCAACAGGGACUGAGCUUCAGGACAGAGCAGCCAAUGAAAACAGGGCUGGCAGAGCCCAGGCAAUGAUGGAGAAUGAGGAUGGCUUGAGGGUAUUGCCAGUGGAGACAGAGUGGACAAUGGGUGCCGAGCUGGCUAUGCCCUUGGCCAAUGAGUAUCCCUGCGAUGGUCACAGACAAGGAAGAUGAAGCUAGGUCAAUGCAUUUAAAAAGGGCCGAGCUGGAGUCAAACUCCUAGGAUUAAAAUAGCCAACAGUGAUGAGCAGGGACCCAUCCAGCCAAAGAAGAUAGUGAUCCAGGCCCAAGAGACCAGUAGUGACACUGCUUGGUUUUAUCGCAAUGACCUGUCCUGUCCUUUGAGUCUGGGAAGUAUUAGAUUCCAUUCCCAGGGUGCCUCCUGUGCCCCCUCAAGCCACUUCUCUUCUGGAAUCCAGAGUGUGUUUCUCAGAGAACCCGUGUGUGUGCGUAUGCAUCAGAGAAGGUGAUUCUGCUGAAUGUGGGGUGUGGUCUUGGCCCUCUCCCAGAUGACUGAAUGCUCCAUUUCUUCCCUCAUCCUCCAUUUUUCCUAUUAUUCUCUCCAAGACACUAGGUCUGAGCUCCAGAAGAGAAUGUGCUGGGUGUGGCUUGGCAGCCAGAGGCCAGAGCUGGGGAGGAGAGCCCCGGGUUCUGGGUCUCUUGGAGGCCAGGGCUCCAUGACAGUCAGAGGGUUAUGUUAUGGAGCAACCAAGCAGCUGGCAGAGGAGCCCAAGGGACUGAAGAUGGCCAGCAGCUGGGGCCCGAGGCCCCUUGAAGCCCACAGACCUUUCUCCUUGCCCCAAAACUUGGCCUCCGUAAUUCCUGCCUACACAUCCUCCAACCUGAACUAUAACCAGUUGUCCAGACUCAGCCUCAGGCUUUGGACUGACUCUGAGUCCCAGCUUUGGGUGAAGAAAUGGAAGCUGUGGAUCACUGGCCAGCUGGUGAGCCUCCCAGGCUUUCUUGCCUUCAUCCUGGUCCUCUCAGAGAAACACUGGGCCAAGCAGUGGGCAGAGAACAGAGAGCCAGUGUUGCUGCCCAACUUCAUCCAGAGCAUCUGCUUCCAGAUGAGAAACUGUCCCCACACGAUGCCAGAAGGAGGUGAGGGAUGAGACAGAGCGGAGCAGACACUUGCUGGCGAGUGGGGGCCCAGGCCUGGCACAGAGCCUUCCCUGAGCUAGGCCAUCAAACCUUCCCUUCAGGUCAUGCAUGGCAACUUGCCCAGGACAGAAACUGCUACGCUGACCACAGGAGGUGCAGGGACUCUGGGAGACUCAGAGGGAGAAAGGCCUGGCAUUUGGCAUGUCCAUGACUUUGGAGAUUCUCCUAGCACGGUGCCCGGCAUAUGAGAAACCUUCAAUAAAUGUUGGUGGAGCUGUAUUGAGGCUCUUCAGGGGA